AUGCCUCAAGCCGGUCCUGAACUCAAGAAGUACAUGGAAAAGCGCGUUCACUGCGAAUUGAACGGCAAACGCAUUGUUCUUGGUGUCCUCCGGGGUUAUGACACAUUUAUGAACAUCGUUCUUGAUGACGCAUUUGAGCAACACGCUGACGGCUCAAAGUCACCCAUCGGCAUGAUCGUCCUUCGCGGCAAAUCCCUGGUUAUGAUCGAAGCUCUCGAGCGCAUCGAGCAGCGCAACAUCAAAUAG